AGAUCUUCAAAAUUAUGCAAGGUGGAGGCUGCUCAUAACUACCAUUCUUCACAUGGAGUCAUUAAAUCCUUUGUUUAUAUUGAUGACAUAAGUAGAGGUGAAGAAAGAGUGAAAGUUUCCUUGGAGAAUGGAAGAAAUGCUGGAGAUCUGCCAAUCUUUUUUUACAUCCCCAAUAAUUUAGUUUAUAAGAACGCCUAUGUGAAAUUUUCACUUGCUCGUAUAUCUCAUGAGGAUUGCUGUUCACAUUGUUUUGGGGAUUGUUUGACAUCACCAGUACCUUGCGUCUGUGCGGCUGAAACUGGGAGUCAGUUUGCAUACACUCCAGGAGGAUUCGUCAAGGAGAAGUUUCUGGAAGAAUGUAUAUCCUUGAAGCGGGAACCUAAACAAGACCACUACUUGUAUUGUAGAAACUGCCCACUUCAAAGGUCUAAGAAUGAGAAGAGUUCCGUGCCAUGCAAAGGCCAUUUGUUGCGGAAAUUUAUAAAGGAAUGCUGGUCUAAAUGCUGGUGUAAUAAGAAAUGUGGAAACCGGAUUGUUCAGCAAAGCAUCACUGUGAAGUUGCAGGUGUUUUUGACACCCGAAGGGAAAGGGUGGGGUCUUCGAACACUGGAGGACUUGCCACCAGGGGCUUUUGUUUGUGAGUAUGUUGGAGAGAUAUUAACCAACACAGAACUACUUGAGCGAAAUGUGGGAAGUCCUGGUAACAAGAAUACACGCUACCAAGUUCUACUAGAUGCAGGCUGGGGUUCGAAGGGUGUCUUGAAAGAUGAAGAGGUCCUUUGCUUGGACGCUACAGUUUAUGGAAAUGUUGCGAGAUUUAUCAAUCACAGAUGUUCUGAUGCUACCUUGGUAGAGAUCCCUGUGGAAGUGGAGACCCCAGAUCAUCACUACUAUCAUAUUGCCCUUUUCACAACAAGGAAGGUUGAUGCCAUGGAGGAGCUGACUUGGGACUACGGCAUCGACUUUCAUGACCGUGAUCAUGAUAGUGGCCACCCCAUGAAGCCCUUCCAUUGUCUCUGUGGAAGCCCGUUCUGUCGCGGUCGUAGUGAUAUGAAGGGUGAUGUGCGCCUACUCACUUACUUCCGAAGGCGACGUAAAGUGUAGCUUCAAGCAUGAUGCUCUUCAUGUUUCUAACAUAGGUAGAAUGCUUUUUUUGAUUAAAUUACUAAUUUUAAAAUCAGUUCUGCUGUGCUGUCUAAUUAGUAAAAUCACUCAAGCAGAAUCUCCAAUUUUUGCAAACAUAAAUUUUUCAUUCCUAAUCUCAGUGGAUUUGGUUUAUUGUAAUAUUAGUUUUUUUAA